GGAGGGGGCCCGGGGCCGGCUGGGGCCGCCCCUCUGCGCCUCCGCCCCGCCCCGCGCCGCGCACAGCCGGGGCUCGCGGCUCUCGACGCGCCGACGGCCGGGCGGACUGACGGACGGGCGGCCAGACGUGCGGAGCGCCCCGCGGGCCUCGCAGGAGAGGACGCAGUUCAUCCUGAGGUGGCAUCUGGACUGGCUGUGGGACCAUGGCGCUGCUCUGGGAGCCCGCAGGAGCUUGGCUGGCCCUGGCCGUGGCCCUGGCCCUGGGCCCAAGUGCCGGCACGGCGGCCCCGAGGCAGGACUGCACGGGUGUCGAGUGCCCGCCGCUGGAGAACUGCAUCGAGGAGGCCCUGGAGCCGGGCGCCUGCUGUGCUACCUGUGUGCAGCGGGGCUGUGCCUGUGAAGGCUACCAGUACUACGACUGCCUGCAGGGGGGCUUCGUGCGUGGCCGGGUGCCUGCCGGCCAGUCCUACUUCGUGGACUUCGGCAGCACCGAGUGUACCUGUCCGCCUGGUGGUGGCAAGAUCAGCUGCCAGUUCAUGCUGUGCCCGGAGCUGCCCCCCAACUGCAUCGAGGCCGUGCUGGUGGCCGACAGUUGCCCGCAGUGCGGCCAGGUGGGCUGCAUCCACGGCGGUCGCAAGUAUGCUGCUGGCCACACGGUCCACCUCACUCCCUGCCGGGCCUGCCACUGUCCCGACAGCGGGGGUGAGCUCAUCUGCUACCAGCUCCCCGGUUGCCAUGGAGGUGCCGCUGCCACCGGGAACUUCUCGGAUGCUGAGGAGGGUGACCCCGAGAGGCACUACGAGGACCCCUACAGCUAUGACCAGGAGGUGGCCGAGGCGGAAGCUGCAGCAGCCCUGGCGGGAGAGCUCCAGGCGGGCCCAGGGGGCCCAGCCGCUCUGGGAGGCGGUAGUCAGCCGUCCUCCGCCAUCCAGGCCACCCCCUGGCCGGCCGCCCUCCCUAGGCCCACGGCGGCUGCUGCCCUGGGUCCCCCGGCCCCCGUGCAAGCCAAAGCCAGGAGAGUGACGGAGGACAGCCACGGGGCAGGGCAGGGGCAGACAGAGGAGCUGAUCUUCAGGGAGCAGCCAGCCGCAGGUGGCCCCGGGGAGCUGGAUGGCCGGCCCACUGAAGGCCCAGCUGGGCCUGGUCUCCCUGCCCAGGAGGACAAGGCAGAGGCUAGGGCAGGGCCUGAAGAGAACCUCAUCCCGGAAGCCCAGGUCACUCCCCGCGGGGCCGGGCAAGAGGGAGCCGGGCCCAUUCCGGUGUCAAGCACGGCCAGCGUCCCCCCGACGCAGUCCACACCGAGCUCUCCCGAGGGCACGACGAAGCCCAGUACCCACACCAUCCUGACGACAUCUCCUCGUGAGGCAGCCUGGGUCCCACCUACCCAGGAAGCACCCAGGCAGCCGCCAGUGCUGCUCCAUUCUCUGCCAGAGGAGGACACGGAUCCCAACUCUGUCCAUUCUGUCCCCAGAGGUAACCCUGAAGUCUUCACGAAGGAUCUGAUUGAGACGUGCUGUGCAGCCGGACAGCAGUGGGCCAUCGACAACGACGAGUGCCUGGAAAUCCCUGAGAGUGGCGCUGAGGGUGACGCCUGCAGGACAGCCCAGAAGCACUGUUGCGUGUCCUACUUGAAGGAAAAGAGCUGCAUGGCUGGCGUCAUGGGGGCCAAGGAGGGCGAGGCCUGUGGGGCUGAGGACAACGACACCUGUGGCGUCUCCUUGUACAAGCAAUGCUGUGACUGCUGUGGGCUGGGACUCCGUGUGCAGGCCGAGGGCCACUCGUGCGAGUCGAACCCCAACCUGGGCUACCCCUGCAACCACGUCAUGCUCUCCUGCUGUGAGGGUGAAGACCCCCUCAUUGUGCCCGAGGUCCGCCAGCCUCUGGAACCUGAAGCCGUACCGCGGAGAGUUUCAGAGGCAGAGUUGGCGAGCCGGGAGGCCCUGUCACUGGGCACGGAGACUGAGCUGCCCAACAGCCUGCCUGGCGAUGACCAGGAUGAGUGCCUGCUGCUCCCAGGGGAGCUGUGCCAGCAUCUCUGCAUCAAUACCGUGGGCUCCUACCGCUGUGCCUGUUUUCCUGGCUUCUCACUGCAGGACGAUGGCCGUACCUGCCGGCCAGACAGUGACCCCCCACAGCCGGAGGCCCCAGAGGAGUCCGCGUUGAAACCAGAGUCCUCCCAAGUGGCCUCCAACACCAUCCUGCUACCGCAGCCACAACCCAACACCUGCAAAGACAACGGGCCCUGCAAGCAGGUGUGCAGCGUCAUUGGGGACACAGCCAUGUGCUCCUGCUUCCCUGGCUACGCCAUCAUGGCGGAUGGUGUGUCCUGUGAAGACCAAGACGAGUGCCUGAUGGGCACUCAUGAUUGUAGCCUGCGACAGUUCUGUGUCAACACCUUGGGAUCCUUCUACUGUGUCAGCCACACGGUGCUCUGUGCUGAGGGUUUUAUUCUCAACAUGCACAGGAAGUGCGUGGACAUCAACGAGUGUGUGGCAGACCUGCACACGUGCAGCCGGGGAGAGCACUGCGUGAACACCGUGGGCUCCUUCCACUGCUACAAGGCUCUCACCUGUGAGCCCGGCUACGCCUUCCAGGACGGCAAGUGCGCAGAUGUGGACGAGUGUGAGCUGGGCAAACACAAUUGCCAGGCGGGCUUCACGUGCCAGAACACCAAGGGCUCCUUCUACUGCCAGGCACGGCCGCGCUGCAUGGAUGGCUUCCUUCAGGACCCCGAGGGCAACUGCGUGGACAUCAACGAAUGUACGUCGCUGUCCGAGCCCUGUCGGCCAGGCUUUAGCUGCGUCAACACCGUGGGCUCCUACACGUGCCAGAGGAACCCGCUGCUCUGUGGGCGAGGCUACCACGCCAGCCAGGACGGGACCAAGUGUGUGGACGUGAACGAGUGUGAGACCGGCGUGCACCAGUGCGGCGAGGGGCAGGUGUGUCACAACCUCCCCGGCUCCUACCGCUGUGACUGCAAAGUUGGCUUCCAGCGGGACGCCUUCGGCCGGGCCUGCGUCGACGUGAAUGAGUGCUGGACCUCACCCGGCCGCCUGUGCCAGCACACGUGUGAGAACACCCUGGGCUCCUACCGCUGUUCCUGCGCCUCCGGUUUCCUGCUGGCCGCCGAUGGCAAGCGCUGCGAAGACGUGAACGAGUGUGAGACCCGGCGCUGCAGCCAGGAGUGCACCAACACCUAUGGCUCCUACCAGUGCUAUUGUCGUCAAGGCUACCAGCUGGCCGAGGAUGGGCACACCUGCACAGACAUUGAUGAGUGUGCUCAGGGAGCCGGCAUCCUCUGUACCUUCCGCUGUAUCAACGUGCCAGGGAGCUACCAGUGUGCAUGCCCGGAGCACGGCUACGCCAUGACGGCCAAUGGGAGGUCCUGCAAGGACCUGGACGAGUGUGCGCUGGGCACCCACAACUGCUCUGAGGCCGAGACCUGCUAUAACAUCCGGGGCGGCUUCCGCUGCCUGCGCUUCGAGUGCCCUCCGAACUACGUUCGCGUCUCCGAAACGAAGUGCGAGCGCACCACAUGCCGUGACUUCCUGGAGUGCCAGAACUCGCCGGCACGCAUCACGUACUACCAGCUCAACUUCCAGACGGGCCUGCUCGUGCCGGCACACAUCUUCCGCAUCAGCCCGGUGCCCGUCUUCGCGGGCGACACCAUCUCCCUGACCAUCACCAAGGGGAACGAGGAGGGCUACUUUGGCACGCGCCCACUCAACGCUUUCACGGGCGUCGUCUACUUGCAGCGCUUGGUGCGUGAGCCCCGGGACUUUGCCCUGGACGUGGAGAUGAAGCUCUGGCGUCAGGGCUCCGUCACCACCUUCCUGGCCAAGAUGCACAUCUUCUUUACCACCUUUGCCCUGUGAGACGCCUGCCCGCCUGUGCCCGCCUGAGCGCCCCGCGGGGGCCACGGAACCCCAGGAUCCUCCUGCUGUGUCCCUGCACCAACCCGUGCGCCCCCUGCCGGUGCACACCUUUCCGUGGUUGCUGAACACCGCAUGUGUGGGGCCGGGUGACGGUGGUGUUUUUACUAUAACUCUGUAAAUUAACUUAAUUUUGCUGACUCGAUUCCUACUGGAUUCCUGGGCGUCUCCCGUGCCCCAACCCGAGGGAGGAAGCUUUGAGGGCAGUUCAGGGUCACUGUAGGUGCUCUGUGGGUGGAGUCAGAGGGCCAAAGGCCGAACAGUGACUGAAGAGGAAACACAGCGGCCACGACGCGUUGUUUGGACUUCGCUGGGUGACCUGUCCCCAAAGUUGAUAUUCCAUCUCAUAUCCCACUGUGAUUUGCUCUUUACUUUAAAAAAAAAAAACCAUGUUAAGUGUUUUGUUGAAUUGUAGUACGUGCACAUUGCAAAAAAAUAUAUUCAAAUAGUAACAAAGGGUUAUAAAGUGAAAAAAGAAAAAAGUUUA